AUGAUGGCCAACGUGAGUACAAGUUCUGGAAACACUAUCGUGGAGGUUCCCCGCAUGGAAGUCGAGCCUGAAGAGUGCGCAGGAUGGCUGCGUGUUAAAAUCGGCAAGAAAAACGAGGUUCAGGAAGCUAAGGCUAACACGAGGGCCGUUCGGCGAACAAUGGCGGCGUCGACUAGGGCGGCCAGGAUGCCGGGGAUAUUACCGAAGGAGGAGAACAAGAUUAUCGUAAGGCCUCGUGGGGGCCUAAACCUCGCCAAGACGUCGGCUAUUACGGUCAUGACGGCAAUUAGAACGGCGGCGAGCCUCACGCGAGCCGAGACCAUGUACGACACCCAAUGUCCGAACGUACAGCAAAACAUCAUGGUAAUCAGUACGCCCGACGACUUGCGAGCAAGGAAAUAUGCCGGGGUGAAGGAAAUCAAGAUCGAAGACCGAACCUACGGAGUGAGUGCCUACGCGGCCGCACCAGACGGAGCCGUGAAGGGCGGCGUGAGGGGAAUCCCCGUGGAAGACUCGGCAGAGACGAUAAUGGACAACAUUCUGAACGCAAGAAAUCCCAAGGCAAGAGCGGCGCAGAGAAUCGGGUCAUCGACUACCAUCAUCGUGGUCUUCGAGGGUCCGAAAGUGCCGAACUACGUGUACUACGAAGGCGGACUGCUCAGGUGUACCCUAUACCGCAAGCACUAUGAGGUAUGCAGAGGCUGCGGAAAGGUCGGACACCGGGUAGAUGUUUGCCCGACGCCGGAGACCAAGGUGUGCAUCGGGUGCGGAGAAAAGACGGACCGGGACCACCAGUGUACGCCGAAAUGUAAGCUAUGCGGGGGUCCACACGUUACCGGGAACAAGGAAUGCAAGAACAAGUUCAUAACGCGGUACAUCGUGAAGCGAAGACAUUGGGAACGCAAGGAACUAGGACUAACAGCCGAAAAGGCGGGAACGGGGAAUUUCCCUCCGAAGAAGACGGUGGAGGACUUCCCGCAGCUGCGCCUCCGAGACUCGCGAUCGCGGACGCCGAAGCGAACCGCGUUUCGCUCGAGAAGCAGGAGCGCAGGCGGCAAGGCGAAGACGUCAUGGGCACAGGUGGCCGAGCAGUCGGGGAGCAAGGAAAUGAAAGCGCUCAAGGAGGCGAACAAGCAGCAGGCGAGGAAGGUCGCCGAGCUCGAGGAAACAAUAAAGAGAAUGGCGGCAGAUAUAGCGGCGAUGAAGGAAAGAAAUCAGAAGACAGAAGAAAAGGCUCCGGCAAAGGAGGACGAGGUUUCCGUGGAAAUGGUCGAAGAACCACCGGCUAAGCGAAAAAUCCUGGAUGGGAGCAGAUUCCGAAGACCGGAAGAAAACCAAGGCCUUAGGCAAGAGUUCAAGUCUCUGUCAGCGCGGGUAGACAGACUUGAAGGGAAAGUGGAUAGCCUAGACAACCGCCUCACGUCCAUGGAGAACCGGUUCAUGGCCACGUUCACCAAGAUCACAGAACGGCUGGACACCCUAGCGUGGAUAUGGAACUGCAGGGGCCUAGGAAACAAGAAAUCGACGCUGCAACAAUACGUCCGCAACCAGACCCGCAAGCCGGACGUCAUCAUGGUGCAAGAAACCAUUAACCAAGAGCCGAAGCUGUCGGGGUACCGGGUCCACGCCAAGGGUCCGGAGCAAGGCCAGCGAGGCAUAUGCACCUUCGUGAGGAGGGGCGUAAACUCGCUGGAGCACGACUGCAAAGGGGAUCCCAAGCUCGAGAAGCAGACGGUGGAGAUAAUCGUCGGGAAAGAAAGCAUAUUCCUGUCGAAUGUCUACAGCAACCCGAAGCAGAACAGGCAAAGUUUCAAGCACCUAUUCCACGAGAACUUGAGACGGGCCGGCGAAAGCACCCUGGUAGUAGCAGGGGACUUCAACGCCCCGCACACGUACUGGGGCCACAAGGCGGUAACAGUGAAGGGAAGGAACCUGCUGGAAGACGCGACCGAAGCUGACCUACAACUGAUCACGGAUCCUCGGCAACCAACCCUAAUGGGAAGGAAGUCGACGGACCGAGACACUACGCCCGACCUGGUCUUCACCAACGAGGGGGAAACCACCUGGACCAACACGAAGAAAGACCUAGGAAGCGACCACUUCAUCGUGGAGAUCCAGAUCCCUCUGAAAGGCAAAGCGAGAACCCCCAGGAAGCUAACCUUUACAGACUGGGAGGUAUUCAAAGAGGCGGCACCAAAGGGAGAAAUCACCGACAUCGAGGCCUGGACGAAGAAACUGCAGCGAGCGGCCAUGGCAGCCACGCGGGAAACAGAGACGACCGAAGACACCGACGGGAAGAUGGACAGCAGGCUAGCACACCUGAUAGAAGCCAAGCAGUCCAUCACCAACCGGUGGCGGCAACAGAGGCUCAACAGAAGUCUUCGCAAGAAGAUAGCGGAGCUCAAUAAGAAGAUCCAAGAGCACUGUACGAAACUCUCGUCGCAGCAAUGGGACGACAUGUGCCACAAGGCGGACAAGCAGAUGCACAACGGGGCGACGUGGCGGCUGCUCAGGCACCUGAUCGACGAAACAAAGACCAAAGGUUACCAACAUAACAGAAUGGCCGGCAUCGUCCAAACAGCUAUCAGGGAGCUGGGAGAGGAAGAAACCAAGAAGAAGCUGCGAGAGAAACACCUUCCAGAAACCGAGAAAGUGGUACAUGGGGACUACACAGGAACGGAGAACGAGAAGCUAGACAGAGAUCUGGAGUCCUGGGAGAUCCGAAAUGCCCUCCAGAGGGUGAACGGCAAGUCGGCGGCAGGACAGGACAAGGUGAACAACAAGACUCUCCGAAACCUAAGCGAUGAGGCGGUGGAGGCUCUCACGGAGUACUUCAAUGAGUGCUGGAGAGCCGGGAAGCUACCGAAGCAAUGGAAAACAGCAAAAAUGAUCCUGAUUCCGAAGCCACGAAAGCCACCGGGCAUCGAGCACCUAAGAACCAUCUCGCUGAUGUCUUGCGUGGGCAAGGUGCUAGAGCACGUGCUCAUGAACAGAUGGAAACGAUACCUGGAAGACGAGGGGCUCUUCCCGAACACCAUGUAUGGGUUCAGGGAGAAGCUCUGCACGCAAGAUGCGAUGGCGUUAAUCAAGAAAGAGGUGGUCGAUGCGAAGAACAGGGGACGAGCACUUCUAGGCCUAGACCUGCAGAGCGCCUUUGACAAGGUGAAGCACUCGGCCAUCCUCCAAAGGGUAGCGGAGCUAGGCUUUGGCCGGCGAAGCUAUGACUACAUCAGAGACUUCCUGACGGGCCGGACGGCAAAGCUACAAAUCGGAGAGCUAGACAUCGAGGAGAGAGAGCUGGUGAGUGUGGGGACGCCGCAGGGAUCCGUCAUUUCUCCGCUCCUCUUCAACCUGGUCAUGACGAAGAUUGCGAGGCGACUCGAAACCCAAUCGGUCCGCCAUACGAUCUACGCCGACGACAUCACGCUGUGGUCCGUGAGGGACGAAGAACAACAAGCGCAAGACAAGCUGCAAGAAGCGGUGUUAUCCAUCGAGGAAGAACUGGAGGGCACGGGCCUGACCUGCUCUCCGAGCAAAUCAGAGCUACUCGUGAUCAACCGAAAAAAAAAGACCUGGGACCAGCUAACCGUCCAAACAGGAACGGGACAGGUAAUCCCCAGAGUCAAGAAAAUCAGGAUCCUGGGCCUGAUAGGACAGACAAGGAAGAACAUGGAGACGGUACACAAGCUAGAACACAAGACGAAUGCGGCAAUACAGCUCGUCAAGCGGAUGGCGAAUCGCAAGGGGGGCAUGCGGGAGAAUAGUCUCAUGCGCAUGGUCCAGUCCUUUGUGAUCAGCCACUUGGCCUACAUCGCAGCCUUCCACAACUGGAAGUACAACGAAAAGAAGAGACUGAACUGCAUGAUCAGGAAGGCCUACAAGAAUGCACUGGGGCUCUACGCCAGCACGAACACCGAGAAGAUGGAAUCGCUGGGGGUUCACAACAGGCUGGAAGAGGUCAUCGUGGCUCAGCGAACGGCUCAGGUCGCCAGGCUAGGAAAAACGAGAACGGGAAGGGAAACUCUAAAACAACUGAAGAUAGAGGCCCUAACAGGCCCAGAAGAUCGACAGGUGGAUUUGACGGCGAUGGGGAGGCUGGAUAUCCGGCCAAUACCGGGACACAUGCAUCCGGUACACGACGAAGGCAGACGCAAGGCGAGGGCCCAGUCCCUCACCAGGGAACACGGGGAAGACAGCGGCACGGUCCACGUCGACGCAGCAAGACACGGUGACCACUUCGUGGCGGCAGUGGUGCGUGCGAAGGACGGUGGACUAGUGACAGCGGCAAGCAUCAGAACUCAAGAAGUGCACGUAGCGGAGGAGGUGGCCAUCGCCCUAGCGGCCUCGCUGCCAACAGUAAAAGUGGUGCUCAGUGACUCUAUGAGGGCGCUAAGAAACUUCAUGGCAGGACGAAUUAGUCAGGCCGCAGCGAGGACACUGGACAAUAAGAGUUGCGGGAAAGUAACACUUAAAUGGUACCCUGCUCACGAGGAGGGAAAUGCAGUGGCGGACGCCAUGGCUCGCGCGUUGGGAGACCGAGCCGGCAGCCAGUCAUCACAUUACGAACCUCGUGAGUAUGGAGAAAUGCUUAGGACAUUCAGGCUAGACAGGCAGCUACUACCAGCACCCCACCCCAACCUCACGAGGAAGGAGGCGGUGGUAUUUCGUCAAUUACAAACAAGAUGCCUGUUAACCCCAGUAAUAGGGAAGCAUAUUCUCCCAGACCUAUUCCAGGACGACGUGUGUAAGCUAUGUAAAAGCGACAGAGCAACGCUUGCGCAUAUCGCGUGGGACUGCACCAAAAGAAGACGGGAAGCAAGCCAAGAGGCGGACCUUCCACCGGAACUCAAAGACGCCACCGAAAGCGACAACUACGAGGUACAACUACAGGCCGUCCAGCAGAUCGCGGCACUCCUAGAGAGGCAAAGUUCUCGGAGGGUGCUGGCGACGACGUGA